AGAGACCGGAAGAGGAUAACGAAAGCCGCUGCCUCGGUCCUUGCUCUCGAAGGAGGAUAACAUUGAUAGAUAGAGGCGAGGGCACAGCUCUAUAAGCACCGACAAGAAUGGCGGUCUCGCCCUGCCCAUUUUCCGCCGCCGCCGCCGCACCGUCGGCCAUCGUGCCGAUCCAAAUUCCCCGCAUCUCGGUCUCGCUUCUCGCUCGGCCGACCCUCGCUCACCUCUCCAUCGUUUCCCCAUCCUUCCUCGACUCAUCCCUCUCGCUGAGGGCCGCAAUCCCGAGAGAGGGCCGGGGUCGCAGUGGCGGCGGAAGGGCAUCAAGGGUCACCGGGAUGAGCAUGGAGGCCGGGGUUGGGGUCAUGGGGACGAAGCUGGGAAUGAUGAGCUUCUUCCAGCCCGACGGCACCGUCGUCCCCGUCACGGUCGUUGGCUUCCGCGAGGGCAACAUCGUCACCCAGGUCAAGACCACCUCCACCGACGGCUACGACGCCGUCCAGAUCGGCUACCGCCGCGUCCGCGACCGCAAGCUCACCCGCCCGGAGCUCGGCCACCUCCAGAAGGCCGGCGCCAUCCCCAUGCGCCACCUCCAGGAGUUCCGCCUCCAGUCCGUCGACAGCUUCGAGCCCGGCCAGCGCCUCGUCGUCGAGGACCUCUUCAAGGAGGGCGACCUCGUCGACGUCUCCGGCAAAUCCAUCGGCAAGGGAUUUCAAGGUGGAAUCAAAAGGCACAAUUUCCGACGUGGGCCAAUGACUCAUGGUUCUAAGAGUCACAGAGCCUUGGGUUCUAUCGGUGCUGGAACCACUCCUGGUCGUGUGUUCAAGGGUAAAAAAAUGCCUGGAAGGAUGGGAAAUGCCAAAACUAAGGUCCGAAAGUUGAAGAUUGUCAAGAUAGACAGUGAACUACGAGUCAUCAUGGUAAACGGAGCUGUGCCUGGAAAACCUGGAAAUCUUCUUCGUAUUACACCUGCCAAGAUUGUUGGCAAAAACAUACCCAAGAAUUAGCAUCUGUAUACUUAUCUGUAGGUUGUAAGUUUUUGUUUCUUGGAAGGUUAUUGUUACCUUUUAGUUCAGUUGUUUUUCUGAUUGCUUCUUUUUAUGUUAGUCUUUACGUUGCAUUAAGUAUGGAUAUGAACAGGGGAAUGUGCAGGCUCAUAGGCCUCAUUGUUUGCUUAUAAUUUGGAUUUAUAUUUAACAUGUGCA